AUGGAGGGAUCCCAGGCUCUGGGAAAGCCAAAUCUGCGACGGAAACUCCCUCUCCUCGCAGUCUCGAUGUUUCUCGUAGGGAUGGGCUUGGAGACGGCGAUGUGCCUCUCGGGCUUCUACUCUGUUUACACAGUCAAUGAAGCUAAGCGAAAGGCAGAGGAAGAAGUGAGAGAAGAAGAAUUCUGGCAGCGCAUCAGAGACAGAAGAGCCGCACGACAAGCCGCCGUAACCAUAUCGUCGGAGGACUGA